AUGGGAGCUCUACCAGCCCUUUAUCCCGGCGUCACUGACGCCAUUGGCACUGGCUGGUCGUUGACCAUAAAUCCUCAAACAAAUGUGACUCAACCAACGGGGACUGCUGCGACAUCGGACAUCUCUACUGGAGAACGGAACGAAACUCGGAUCAAAGCACGGAACCCACCUAGCCCUGCUGCAAAGCAAUUCAAACCUGCUGUUGCAGUUCCCCUUCGUCAUGCUGCUUUCAAGCGAUAUUAA